AUGGAAAUCGCAAAGGAAGCUUCUUCAGAGUCCUCGCUACAGGUGUCGAAUCUCUCUGUGUCAGGCGGGAACGGGUUCUUGUCCCACCGUCCCAUGAGUGCAGGUAUCGACAGCAUCGUACAGGGCUUCAAGUUUGCCGCUACAAGCAGAAAACCUCCUGUAGCAGCAGUUGUGGAGACGGGCAACCAAGUGAAUGGGAGUUGCAAAUCUAGGGAGAGGAUGGGGAAUAAUGAUACCCUUCAGAGCAGAGUAGACUGUGCCGUUGGUAGGCAAGACAAAGAUGGGAUGGAAGCAAUGAAAAUUCAAGUCCCAAUAUUUUCUGCUGCUGCUACUGUCCCUUCUCUACUUCAUAAUCCCUUGAACCCACAAGCGGUACUGCCUCCCGAGACCUCCGCACCGCGCAAGAAUAUGCUACCGCCAUCCCAAUCUAUACGCCCGGUCGAAAGAGGGCGAAAGACUAUGCCUCUACAGGGGUCAGUCAAAGAGAAACGGAAACGCACGCAAAGUUCUAGUUCUCUUAGGUCUGAUUCAGAGCAUGAUCAUUCCGAUCAGGGGAGAGUACUGCUGCCUCAAGAAGAUGGACAACGAAGGUAUCUGGCAGAAUAUGGAGGGAAAGACGCCGAGGCGAGAGGAAAACCCAUUAGAACCAAUGAGGGAAAGGUUACUGAAGCCAGCUCAAGUGAUGAUAGAAGACCUAGAAAAAGACAUGAAAGAUCAGCUGGAAUUUCCAGACCUCAAAACGAGUCCCCUGCUAAUCCAUCCUCAAAAGGAAACAAAAUUCCUGAGGUUAUUAUUUUAGAUGACGACAUUAAGCCCAAGCCAACCGAAACUGAAGUCUCGAUGCCUAAUCCUCGGGGUAGAGAUUCAAAUAAUAGUCAUAUUCCGGGGUUGCCUGAAUCAGUAUAUGAUCAUGAAAAACAUCGGCGAGACAAAAACAUCCUAGGACACAUGGACCAACCGCUAAAGCAGCAUAUGCCUCUCCCGAAAAGCACUAAUGGAUACCAUGGUACCAUACGGGAUUUACCAGAUGGGAUGAUAAGCUCUUCGGAAACGCAUGCAAGUGCCGGAUCAGGUCGAAUUAAUGGGCACUCCUCCACGAGUAGCAGACUCGGAAUGGGCAGCAAUGGGGUACCAAAGAACGGAAGGAUGCCUGUAGAAUCUGCUCAUAUUCCCGAGAAUUCCUCGCAGCAGCUCAACUAUAAAACACACUUCCCUUCGCACACACCUGUCUCUUGUGAAGAGCCAGGUCAAAGUAGCAGCAGUGAACACAAAUUAUUAGUGGCCUUAACAGCGCUAACCACCGAGAAGCAAUCUCUAGAACACAGAUUGCGUGAAACAAUGUCGUCGCUCAGGGCACAGGUCUCGUGCACAGAAGCCGCAGAGAAGAAGAAUGCCGAACUUGAAAUCCAUGUUGCGACUUACAAAGAUACAGUAUCAGGACUAAAAAAGAGAGUGCUAGGGGUCCAAAAGUUCGUGGAUGGGCUAGGUAAUGAUUACAAUAUGUUAAACGAGAAGAAAACACAAUUGAGCAAAAGUAUCAAUCAGCUGUCGUGGGAUAGGGAUGAGUUGCGGAAGAAUUUCAAAGAAGUAAGAGAUCUCACAGAAAAGGCCGGGGUGAAAAUGCAAGGAUGGGGAGAUUCUGGUGCUGUCUUGAAAGAAUCACAAAAAGAGAUUGGGAGACGCUUAUUGGCUACUGAAAGGGAUCGUACACAAAGUCUUGAAUGCCAGAUUCAGGAGGACAGAGAAAGGAACAAACUUAUUCUAAAAGCGAUUCAGGACGGGAAGGUGGAGGUAAUUGAGCAACUUGCGGAGCUCAAGGGAACACUUGAAGGGAAGGACGAGCCUGAACUAAUGGAAAGACUGGUUAAGGCCCAAAAGAUUAUGGAGACGAGAAUAGAAGAGGAUGGCGAGGCUACUAGAAACUUGAUCUACAGUUGUUCCAGGUCUAUCGAAAAGUUGGGUUAUCGGGAUGUAGAUGCUACAGAACUUUUACUUGGUGUGGAGAAAAGAGUUAGUAAUACAUCAGUCAGUAUGAUGGAUCUUUUUCACGAAACGCAUAAGAUGAAUGCAGAAGCCCUUUCAUACUCGGAUGGGUAUAUAAGCUAUCUAAAUUCCAGGAUCACAAAUCUGGAAGCAGAACUCAAGGAAAUACAUGAAAAAUAUGAGGUUUCAUUGGUUGAAUCUGCCGAGAAGAGACAUAUCACAAAAGAAUAUGAACUGAGGUUAAAAGAUGCCUUGAAGAAGUGCGAUGAUAUGAAUACUCAAGUCCAGAGAGGUAAUACAGUUGAAAAGACUUUGAAUGAAAUUAUUUCCACGUUGAAGAAGAACAUUGGUAUCCUAGAAGCUCGAACCGCAGAAGAUCCUUCUAUGGUCGCAACUAUCAAUAUAUUGAAGCAAAAGAACUCCAAUCUAGAAAAGGAAUUUAACAUAACAAGAGAUGCCCUCCAGGAUACAAUACUCGCGUCACAGACAAAGGAUGGAGAGAUUGAGAGUUUGCGAUAUGAGCUAGAGACGCUCAACUUGAGGUACAAAGAAGCAGAAAAAAAGAUUGAGGGUUUCGUUGAAGAAAAGGCCGGGUUCAUGGCACUCGCCGAGGAACAAAAGAUGAAAGAACGUAUCGAGGUUGAGACAAAUGCAAAUAUGUUUCGGCAACGGGAAACCUCGCGGCUACAUAAUCAGAUAAAAUCGCUCAAAGCACAAAAGAUGAAGUUAGAGGCUGACAAUAAGGAAUUUAAGACCAUGCUAGCUGGGGGAGUCAACGUCGAAGUUGAACUUAGAAAAGAGAUACAAGAUUUAAAUAAAAAAAAUGCGGACAUUGAGGCAUCCCACGCUGGGCUCCUCCAGGAAAAGACCCGCCUGGAGAAUGCGGUUAGUCAUUUAACACAACUUAGAGAAACGUCUAAUACGAGCCAUCGUGCGCUUGAGAGAAUCGUUGAAACCACAGCGGACGAACUUUCAAAGGCCUUAGAAAAAAUAAAUAUUCUCCAGAGCGAUAAAGAGCUAGUCACUGAAGAAAUAAUCCUUAAAGAACAGGAAUUGGAACGCGCAAAAUCCGAUAGGUCUGAGAUCUUAACAACUACUCGAGACAUAAUCGCUCUUCGUAUUAUUGAAAGAAACCUGAAAGCAGCUCUGGAAGAAUCAGAAAAAGAGAACCAGGUGAGUAAGAUGGAGAAGGAAAGUGCAAUAAAUGCUUUGGAGGCAAGAACAAAAGCACUAGAUAAGGCCUUAAAAGAGCUUGGGGACUCUAGAGGAAAAUCAAAGUCGGUUCUUAGUCAACAUGAGGAAAAUAACUCUCUAAAAAAACAAAUUAGAAAGUUGGAGGGAUAUUCUGGAGGGGCUAUCAAUGAACAUACUGGAGUGUUUAAGAAAGCUUCCCCCACAACGGAAAUAUCUCUUCAUACACCGGAUUUCAAUUCGAAGAAACAAAACCCUUACGCACGCGUAGCUAGCGAAAUCAUGGAGUCCUCUUUUGCAAAUAGUUCAUCACUCUCCCCAUUAACAUCACCCGAGCCUAUCCCCGAAACGCAGAUCGAUCAUCGGACAUGGAGCGAUUCUUCUAGUGUUGAGAUGCCAAAGGGCUCGCAAAAUUUAGACAUCUGGGAUAACCAGGCCACAAAACUUGAUUUACAGCACAUGACAUUAAACAGAAUGUUACAUGAUGAAAGCAACGAUGUUAUCAUGAGCGAGGGGUCCCCUGGUGAUCGCGUCAAAACAGUGGAUAUUCCGCCCUUAAGAAGCACCUGUCCUGAAAAAAGAACUCUUACACCCUUCACUCCAAGACCUCAAAUGGUAGACGUUCUUGAGAAUGGGGCAGAGAAACAUACUCUAGUUACCCCAAAUAGGCCGAAAACACCCCUAAGGCACCGCAACACUCGAGGGACUACAAACGAUAUCAAGAAACUCCAAAAUCGCCCUCGAAAAGACCGCGGGAAGAAAAACAAAGAUGACCAGGAAUGGUCGGAGGAUGAAGCCGAGUCGUUGAGGAACAGUAAGGGGAAAGAGGAACCCCCGAACAUGAAGAAAAACUUAAGGAGCUUCAAAGAUAAGAAGAAAGGAGGUAAAAGGAAUUUGUAG